ACACUCGCUCUCUUCCAGCAGGAGUAGGUUGGCAUAUCAUAAUUCUUUCACAUCAGUUCAUCACUCGUAUUGCCAAAAUGACUGAUGCCACAGCAUUACCCAUCACAUCUAGAAAAUACUCUAAGGUAACUAAGAAGGUAGUCACUCAUCCUUCUUACUCUGCCAUGAUUGUUGAAGCCAUCACUACACAGAAGGAGCGUAGUGGGUCUUCACGCCAGGCCAUUCUGAAGUACAUUGUUCAAGCCUACAACCUCCAGAAGAAGACCGUCGCCACUCACCUCAAGGUCGCCCUCAAGCGUGAGGUCGCCUCGGGAUCCCUCAAGCAUGUCAAGGGUUCUGGUGCCUCCGGUUCCUUCAAGAUAAGUAAGGCUGAGGACGCGGCUUCCAAGAAGCCUACAGCUAAGAAGGUCAUCGAGAAGCCUGCUUCAAAGGCCGUCGCCAAGAAGGCCACAGCUAAGAAGGACGUCGCCAAGAAGGCCACAGCUAAGAAGACCGUCGCCAAGAAGGCCACGGCUAAGAAGACCGUCGCCAAGAAGGCCACGGCUAAGAAGACCGUCGCCAAGAAGCCUGUAGCUAAGAACGUUGGCAAGAAGGCCACUACUAAGAAGCCUGCAGCUAAGAAGAACGUUGCCAGGAAGGCCACUACUAAGAAGCCUGCAGCUAAGAAGGUCGCUAAGAAAUAUACCGCCUAGGCCGCCACACCAAAGUAGCCAACAGCUAAGAGGGUUAGCAAGGUGUCGACUACAAAGAAUACAACUGCCAAGUAGAUCAUCUGAACUCAGAUUUAAUUUAUUUUUGAUGUGAAUUCAAUUAUUCAAUUCAAAUUCAAUUCAAAGUUUAUUCUCUAUAAGGAUUACAAUGCUGAGUUGACAAAUUUGGUUAUUUGGUUUAUAUGUAGUAAAAUUUUGUGAUUACAGUGUACCACUAGAACGCUUAGCAUGGCUAGGGAUUUCGGGCAUAAGUCGAAGUGCACGUUAUGUUUAUGAUUUAUAAACUAACUGAUUGAUAGUUUGUAUCUGAAAACUUAUUGAAUACCUUUAAUAAUAUUUUUGUAUUAUUGAUGCUUAAAAUAUUUCCAAAAUGCCUUGGCGCUGUAUGACUUACGGGUUUAGCCCCUUUUUUUUUUUUCAUGUGAUUGGAUU